UUGUCUGGCCAGCAGCAGCAGAAGCAGCGGCGGCGGAGCGGAGAGCAGCGGAGGGCCGAUGUGAGCGCAGGGGAGCGGCUUCACUGUGACCCGAUCCCCGCGAGAAAAAGCGACAGCUGUUCGGACAACACCGGACAGACAUCACGGACCAGACGUCAUUGUUUUUUUUUUCAAAGGCAGACUGUCGUCGGUCAGACAGGCAGCAACAGUUGUCACGAUGUCUGAGAUCAGAUGAGGCGGGAGCAGAGGAGCGAACACUGCGGCGCUGCUGUGCUCCCGGCCGGGCGGGAUAAACGUGUUGCUGCCGCGUCCCGCCUGCGAUGAUACCGCCGUGCUAACCACCUGGGACAGCGAGGGAGUGAGCUGUAACAUCGUUGUGUCAUUCAGGACUAUCGGCUUCACUCGGCUCCUCAGACAUCCCCCGGUUGUGUCUGCGGGUGAGCUGAAUCCAGACUUCGGGGCGGGCUCAUGUUCCGCUCGGCAGCGGAGCGGGCUGUUGCGUCUGCAGAGAGUCAGAGCUGACGAGCCUGCUGCCGAGACACAAGGACAGACAGACAGACAGACAGACAGACAGACAGACAGACAGACAGCAGGCCGAGAGACAGACAGGAGCGAGGGGAGGGGGGCGACAGCCUGUUUCGGCUCUCUCGACCCUGUGCGGAUCGAGCCGAGCCCCCUCCUGUUUCCGAACAGAACCCACCUAUUUCCUGCUUUGGAUGGGAGGAAAGCAAAGCACGGCGGGCCGGCCCCGGGGUGCUUUCCCCGGUGUCUCUACAGAUGACAGCGCAGUGCCACCCUCGGCCCACUUCGGCCACUACCGGCCUAGCGGCCCCAUGGGCCUACGCAGUCGCUCGGUGAGCUCCGUGGCCGGGAUGGGCAUCGACCACAGCCCCGCCAUGCCCUUCGGCUUCUACACCCCCAGAGGGACAGACUCGGACAGAGCCGUGGGGGGGUCAAGGGGCACUACCGCCGCCCUCCACGGUACCGGCUACCAGGACACUGGGGGAGGGCACCACACGGAGGGGGUGCUCUAUCUGGGUUCCCGGGGGUCGCUGGCUGACACCUUGCCCCUGCACAUCGCGCCCCGCUGGUUCAGCGCGCACAGCGGAUUCAAGUGUCCUGUCUGCUCCAAGUCUGUGGCGUCCAAUGAAAUGGAAGUUCACUUCAUCAUGUGUCUAAGCAAGCCCCGCCUCUCCUACAAUGACGAUGUGUUGGCCAGGGAUGCCGGGGAGUGUGUGAUCUGUCUAGAGGAACUGCAGCAAGGGGACACCAUAGCCAGACUGCCUUGCCUCUGCAUCUACCACAAAAGCUGUAUAGACUCGUGGUUUGAGAUCAAUCGGUCCUGCCCUGAACAUCCCUCUGACUGACCUGCAGGCCCAUUAUAAAUACUGUUCAAGGACAUCUCGUGGUUGUGCCAUGGAUAUCUGGACACAGACACAACCAAAUCUGAUGAACCAAUCUUCACUUCCUUACCCUGACAGAAUCCAUCACCUUAACCAAGAUACUUACUCCUUGUCAAUGAACCCAACAAACGUGAACCAUCGUACAUGAAAGGUCCCUUCCUGUCGUCGGCUGAAGAGAAUGCUCCCCCCCGUCCUCCUUUCACUCUUCUCCCCUCCAGCCCCAGCCCCCUCCCUGACAUGCUCAGGUCCUCGCAGGCCUCCAGCGGCCAGCCUUCCAUCUUGUAUCUGGAUGGAUGCAGGCCUGUCAGUCACUAGUGUCAAGCCCCCCAUGGCCUUAACUGGGGAGGGGAGGAAGCAGAUCGGGUGGGAGGACGAGGAAGAAGAAAACCAACAAAUGGAGGAUUGUUGUGCUGCUUCCUUUGAGAUCAAACUUUUACAUGACUUGGUGGGCCUCAUUUCAAAACAGACUACCCAUGCUUAUAGUUCCUCUGCCCCCUCCUCGCCAAUUAGAGUCAUAUUAAAUCAAAAAGUCUCAAAAAUGCUUCUUAGGUCUGUGCACAACUGCACAUUGACUUUAAUUACAUGUUUUAUGUUAACAGGCUUCAAAUAACUGUAUUACAUUACAUGUCACUUGUUAGACGCUUUUAUCCAAAGCGACUUACAUACAUUCAGUACUGUGGACAAACCCCACAGGAGCAAUUUGGGGUGAAGUGUCUCGGGGACACAACGACAUGCUGACUGCAGUGGGACUCGAACUUGCUACCCCCUGAUUUGAAGUCCAGCACUCUAUCCACUUAGCCACAACCACCCUUUUAGGAUAGCUAAAGCAAUAAUAAUAUCCAGCUUGAAUUAAAUAUAUUGGGUUCAACUUCAUAUUAUUGCUUUCAACUAACCUAAUACAGUUAUGUGAAAUCUGUUGACAUAAUACAUUUAAUUAAAGUCAAUGUUUCAGUUUUUGGAGGAUGAGGGAUAAGACCCAAACAAACUGGGAUGUCAGAAAGCUGGAUGAGGGGGGGUCUAAAGAUGGACUGGGGGUGAAGAGGAGCAAUCUGAGCACUUCAGAUCGGGGGGGAGGGAAGGGGCCAGCAGUGUAGAUAAAGUUCCUACUGUGUUAUGUGUGUUUGGGAUGCUCCAGUGUCAGGCUUCACAUGGUAUGUGUAUGUACACUAUUGCCCCUUUCACACCAGCGCUUUUUCAGCUCCGUGGAGCUGGAGCCUGAAAAGCGCCGGUUUUCCUUGUUCACACCGCAGCGGCGCCGGCUCUUAGCUCCGGAAUCCGGUUCACUUCCAGCUCCAAAAAAUUGUCGGUCUAGAGGCAAGAGCUUCGGAGCUAAGAGGUGGCGUCGCUUACGUCUCUCUUACGU